AAGAGCCGCGGAUCCUGGUGUGUGCCGAUCUCCGGAGGGUCCCGGAUAAUCCAGCUGGACCCUCAGUGGACUGGAUCUUCCUGCUUACCCAUACUAAGCAGAAGUGGGGGGUUUCACAUUCCGUGCGGGGAUUUUUAAUUCACUCAGCGCAGGUGACCUGAAACUGAUUGCCAAGUAGGAGGACAGGAGAACAAAUGGAAGGAGUGCAGAGAGAAAGUGGAUAAGAAAGAUACCAGAAGCAGGACCAGAAGGUUUCCUUCUGCAACAGGGAAGUCUCUUUCAAUACAGGACUUUGACUUCAAAAGCAGACAGUGGGCAAUAUCAGAAUAAGAAAGGUAGGCUUUAGACACACUUUAGUCAGGAGGACAUUAUUCUAAAGGCAGAAAAAGAUAAUAUCCCAACUUUUUAUUUCCUAAGACCUUCAGUUACCACCUGGUCUUUUAUGAUGGAGAAGACAUACUCCCUAACUGCCCACUACGAUGAGUUCCAGGAAAUCAAAUAUGGUGGUCGCUACAGCAGUGACAUCCUCAGCAAUGGCAUGACCCUUCACCUAGGCGGCAGCCUGGACCGCCAUGUGGUCCGAGGAAGGGGCAACACCUGGUCAAACGGCCGAAACAAAGACCUGAGCGGCAACAGCAGCAGCGGGGGCCUUCCUCGCUGGAGCAGGAGGGAGAAUUGUCUCCUGUCUGCAUUGGUCUUUGCUGCAGGCAUGUGUCUCAUCCUGGGGAGCAUGCUGGCUCUCAAAUACAUUUCACUUGAUGACACGGACUGCAGGCAGGAUUGCCAACACAAACGCUCCCUUAUGCGGGCAACUCGCUUCGUUCAGGCCAAUAUUGACAUAACCAUACAGCCUUGCCAGGACUUCUAUUCCUUUGCCUGUGGAGGCUGGCUGAGGCGCCAUGGUAUCCCCGAAGACAAGCUCAGCUAUGGCAUUAUCACAGCUAUUGGAGAGCAAAAUGAGGAGAAGCUACAGCAACUCCUUCUGGAGCCGGUUCAGAGACAUGGGCCAGAAUCUGCAGAGCGGAAGGUCAAGGAGUUCUAUCGGUCCUGCAUCAACAUCAAGGAUAUUGACAAACUGGGGUCAAAACCCAUGACAGAGGUGUUAGACAGCUGCGGAGGAUGGGACCUGGAGGGAGCUCCUUCGGGCGCUGCUGGGUGGGAGAAGGAGGACGCCCCCCAGAGGCCAGAUUUUAAUGAGCUGCUCUACAGGACGCAGGGGGUUUUUAGCACUGCUGUCUUCUUCUCCCUCACCGUCAAUGUGGACGAUAAAAACUCCUCCAGGAACGCUAUCAGGAUUGAUCAAGAGGGACUCACUCUGCCAGAGAGAAGCCUCUACCUCGGUCAGGAUGAGGAUAGUGUGAAGAUCCUGGCAGCGUACAAAGCCCUGAUGGAGCGCCUGCUGAGCAUGCUGGGAGCUCACAAUGCCACACAGAAGUCCAAGGAGAUUAUAGAGCUGGAGACCCAACUGGCCAAUAUCACUGUGUCGGAGUAUGAUGACCAAAGGAAAGACAUCAGCACAAUGUACAACCGAAUCACUCUGAGGCAGCUGCAGCGCAUCGCACCUAGCCUUCACUGGAAGCGAUUGUUGGACCGAAUUUUCCACGACAACUUCUCUGAAGACGAAGAGAUCGUGGUGCUCGCCACUGAUUACAUACAGAAAGUCUCUGACAUCAUCAAGAACACUUCAAAGAGGGUCCUGCAUAACUACAUGUUGUGGCGCAUUGUGGCCGCGCUAAGUGAGCACCUGUCCACCGCCUUCCGAAGCACCAUCCACGAGUUUUCUCGAGAGAUCGACGGCACCGAGCAGCAGCUGGAGCUGGGCCGGCUCUGCCUCACUCAGGCCAACAAGCACUUCGGCAUGGCUCUGGGGGCACUGUUUGUCAAGAAGCACUUCUCUUUAGAGAGCAAAGUCAAGGUACAGAAGCUGGUGGAGGACAUAAAACAUGCCCUAGAUCUUCGGCUGCAGGAAUUGGACUGGAUGGAUGAGGCCACCAAGGAAGCUGCCAGAGCAAAGCUGAAGCACAUGAUGGUGAUGACGGGAUACCCAGACUUCUUGCUCAAAGAUGAACUCAUUGAUCAGGAAUAUGGGUUUGACGUGAACAAGAAGACCUACUUCAAGAAUAUCCUCAACAGCAUUAAGUUCAACAUCAAACUGUCUGUCAGAAAAAUACACGAAGAAGUGGACAAGACAGCGUGGCUUCUCCCCCCGCAGGCUCUUAAUGCCUACUACCUCCCUAACAAGAACCAAAUGGUUUUUCCUGCUGGCAUCCUGCAGCCCACCCUCUACAAUCCUGAGUUUCCACAAUCUCUGAACUAUGGCGGAAUAGGAGCUAUCAUCGGGCAUGAACUGACACAUGGUUAUGAUGACUGGGGGGGCCAGUACGAUCGCUAUGGCAACCUCAAGCAGUGGUGGACUCAGGAGUCCUACAGAAAGUUCCAGAAAAAGGCUGAAUGCAUCGUCAAGCUCUACGAUAACUUCACUGUAUAUAACCAGAAGGUGAAUGGCCGCCUGACAUUAGGAGAGAACAUAGCCGACAUGGGAGGACUAAAAUUGUCGUACUACGCUUAUCAAAAAUGGGUGAGGGAUAACGGUCCAGAGAGGCCCCUCCCUAAGCUAAAAUACACCCACGAACAGCUGCUCUUCAUAGCCUUUGCACAGAACUGGUGUAUGAAGAGAAGAUCUCAGUCAAUCUAUCUGCAGCUGCUCACUGACAAGCAUGCACCAGAGCAUUGCAGGGUGCUGGGCAGCGUUUCCCAGUUUGAUGAGUUUGCCCGCGUUUUCAACUGUCCUAAGGGGUCUCCGAUGAACCCUGUGGAAAAGUGCUCUGUUUGGUGACCCGGUGACCCUCAAUUUUCAAGAUCCAAAUGAAACUCAGCGUUUCUUCAGACACAUCACAUAUUCCCGUAGCUCAUCAGGGAGGAAACAGUGUUGAGACCCCUGCCUACGGAUCAUCAUCAUCACUGUCAGUGACUGAGUACCACUGGUCAAACCAAGCAUAAGUCAUGUGACUGUAGCUUGUGUACAAAUAUCACGUGAUUAUAAAUAUUUUUCUAUGUUUACAUUUAUUUUGAAAUCAUCUAUUUUUCUAUUUAGCAGAUAUCUCAUACAUUAUGUUUAGAAUUCAUAGAGUUUUGUUUCAGGUUAGGCAUUAUGUUUUCUUGUUUGCUUUUUUAUGAAAAAGGCUUAUUUCAUAGUGAAAAAACUGUAAAUUUAGAGUGAAUAUCUUAGUGCCAGUCAAACAUUCAGGAAGUAUCCAUCUGCAGGCGUCACUUUCAUUCUCACUACCAUUUCCAGUUCAUAAAUUCUUUGCUCUCAUGCCAGGAAAUUAAACAUCAUAUUCCCCUUGCUGUGGCUAAAUUCCUAUUUUUAUUAUCCUCCAGAGAAAACACAUUUACAUUCAUGCGUACGCAUUUUUUUUUUUUUUUUGUUUGUUUGGGUUUUUUUUCUCACUGUAUGGUAUUAGAGCUAACUGAACUUUUUCUGUUAUAAAUCAAUUAGGAUUAACAAACUUAUUUCAAUUCACAACAUGAAAGAUGAUAAAAAAUUUGAAGAAACCCAGAUGAUGUCAUCCGAGUUAAAUGGAGGCAUACGUACAAACAUACUGUUCCAGGAUAGAGACAGGUUCUGUGUACAAAAGAUGAGCGUAGUUUGGUGUAAAAUGUUUGUAUCGACCCCAGGAAAAAAGCAAACUUUGUAAAGAUGCUGACUGAAGCUUGUACGAGAGUCAUUAUCUGCUGUGAAAUGAGUCCUGUAUCAGCAUGGGGAGAAAGGCCCUUUAGAGAGAAAAAAUCCUCUCCAAAAGCAACAAAAAUAAAUAAAUAAAUAAGAUUACAGUUUGCAAAUGCACUGAUUAACAAAGAUCUUAGUGUUUGGAGAUAUGUCCUGUCCUGAUUAAAACCAUCCCAACUGUGUACCACAGAGGUGGCAGCAUCAUGUUGUGUGUAUUAUGAGACAAGUGCACUUCACACAGUAGAUGGCAUUUAGUAGAAAGAUCAUGAGUAAAAAUCAAAGCAACAUCUCAAAAUCUCAGCCUGAAAGUUGAAAUUUGGUAUUAAAUGAGUCUUUCAAAUUUGCACUUUACUACACCUUACUGACAAUUAGUUACAAAGUAAGUUAAGAACAUUAAAGUUAAAGUUUUGGAGUGGCCAGUAGAAAUCCUUGAUUUCAGUGGAUUUGUUGACAGUUUUUUUUUUUUUUUUUUAAUGUGUGGGUAAAUAAUAAAAUUAAAUAUUAAAAUUGGCUAAAAUUCCAUCUUACUAUUGUGAGAGCCUCAUGGAAAGAAACCCUAAAACAGUUUAGAGACAAUUCCUUCAGUUAUUAGAAAACAUUGGUGUUUCCUCGCUCUGGGGUUGGAAUGUAAAAUGUGUUGCAGCGCUGCCCUCUUGUGGCCACGGAGAGCAAUGGUCAGUGUUCAGCUCGUCUCGACUGUAAUUAAUGUUUGCCUGCAUUGGUCUUUCGUUGCUGUGAGUGUUUGUAAGACUUUCUUAUUUUAUUUUUAUUUUAUUUUUUUUUCGGAAAAAGAAAACAAACAAAAAAAACCCUGUUGACUCAUGCUGAGUACUUUUCUCAGGAUUUGUAGCAACACGCAGCACCAAAGAGAGAAAUCGUCUCUUCAGUCCAUGCUGCCAAAACAGAACUAUUGGAGGUCACAUGUUACAUGUAACUCAUCACAAAACCCAACAUCCUGUACAAUAAAGUCCAACUGUAAUUCUAAAGAAUCAUACAUUUGUACACAGUGUUACUUUUCUAUGAAGAAUUUGUUGAUACCAAACCAGAAGAAUGAUUAGACUCUUUGUACAGUGAAGAAGUAUAUCAGAUAUAAUGGUUGUUGAAGUGAGUGCAUGUUUCCAUCCAGAGCAGCAUUAAAACCUGACUGAUUAACAUAGAGGAUCACACAUGCGCCUCAGUGUACAGCUGCUAACCCACAUGUGGCUGCUCUCUUUUCCUCUCUGUUGGUCGCUGUUUAAUGUUCUAAUAAAAACAAAGGCUCACUCA